CAAAUAGUAGAUUAUCAAUCAUUCCAUUAAAUAGAUAGAGCUGAAGAUGUCGUCUUUGAAUUACGAUACUUCGUCCUUCUAUGUACAAGGGCUAGCCACCAGCUUUGCAAAGAGAUUACUAGAUGAACAGGACAAUUCUUUACUUUUAAAUAUAGCUCCUGUUGGUAGGCAAGCAAAGCGUAACGCACAACAGAUCAACUAUUCUGAAGAUUACGUGGAUGACUUUGAUUUUGAAGAUACUCCUUCUGCACCUAAACAGUCCAACUCGAACAGUCAACAACAAUCCAACGCACAAAGACUCACACCUGCUAGACCCACUCCUUCAUUAAAGAAUUUGGAUAAUGAACAAAAGUUAGUAGAAUUAGUAAACAAACCUGAAGUUCUUGUUCCUAUAAAGAUAUUGUUAGAAAAUCCCAAUUCAACUCACAAAUUAGUGGAUUCUUUCUUGUGGAACUUGAAUGAACUGUUAAUAACGCCACAAGAGUUUGCAGACAUUGUUUGUAAUGAUUUGGAAUUACCCAACUCUAUGCAACUGCAAAUUACCGAGUCUAUAAUUCAACAAAUUGAAGAAUUCAGUUAUGCAUCUAACUUACAGCUUCCUAGUGAUGCUCCAUCUGUCGUUAUAAUAGACUUAUCAGUUAACUUAAACAAAUACCUUUAUCAAGAUAGAUUUGAAUGGGACUUAAAUCAAAAGGACAUAACUCCAGAACAAUUUGCACUGAUUGUAGUAGAUGAUUUGGGAUUAGAUUUAGAAUUCAAGCCGGCUAUUUCUCAAGCACUUCAUGAAAUCAUUCUCAGAGUCAAGAAAGAAAUUGUAGAUGGAUCUUAUAAUAGUGAAUUCCAACAUUUACACCUUACAAGAGGAUUGAAUUUUGAAUGUGGAAUUAGAAUUUUUACUGAAAAUAGUAUUCAAAAUGGAACUGAUCAUUGGGAACCAAUAGUUGAAGUAUUGACUCCAAGUGAAAUAGAAAGAAGAGAAAAUGAAAGAAUUAGAAACUUGAGAAGAUUGAAGAGAGAAAAUAUGAAGAGAGAUUAUGAUGAUAUUGGAAGUAAGAGACGUCAACUUAUGGGUAGAAGAAGAUUUGAUGAGUUAGAAGGUACAUGGAGAAACUAUUAAUACAUAAAUAUGUAUAAGUGUAAUAUAGAAUUUUGUCAAA